ACACGCUCUCUCGCACUCUCUCUCUCUCACACACAGUCCUGUUGAGCAAAUGAGCGCUGCUCUUAUUCGGGUCUUUGGAUUUGCAGUGAGUGGCAUGUUUCACAGCGUCUAGCCCUCUGACCAGCUUCUGUAUGUACAUGCAUGGACAGGACACGAUCUGAACCACUAUCGCAGACCACACUUGCAUCAAAAGCGCAUGGAAAGACUCUGAACACUGAAUUUGUGCCGACAGGCUGAGGCUCCAUUGGGGGGAAAGGAAAGAGACCAAGACCCAAGAGAUACACUGACAGACAAGAAGAGAGAUAGCCUCAGUGGUCCCUAACUCUCUAACGGUAAGGGUAGCAGAGGAGACAUACAAGAGGCAGUGAGUGUGUUCAGGAGAGCCAAGGGCAUUUGGGCUGCGUUACCCCUUUAGCCCUCUAGUGGGCGCCCUCCUCUCUCAUAUCAGGCCUGGAGGGCCAUUGACCAUCUGAAAGACUCCUCUCUCUCUACCACCUUCCACCACUCCCUCUAUCAGUCUCUCUUUUCAACAACGUAACGCUAAUCAACCCUCGUUGCCAUGGAGAAGACAUACUCCCUCACGGCCCACUACGAUGAGUUCCAGGAGGUCAAGUAUGGUGGUCGCUAUAGCAGCGGCACCCUUAGCAACGGCAUGAGCCUGCACUUGGGUGGGAGCCUGGACCGUAAUGUUGGGCGGGGCCGAGGCAAAGGGGGCGGGGCUAGUGAUCGGAAUCGGGACCUGAGUGGCAUCAACAGCGGACAGGGACUUCCUCGAUGGAGCCGCAGGGAGAUCUGCCUGCUCUCUGCUCUGGUGUUUGCUGCGGGGAUGUGUGUCAUCCUGGGCAGCAUGCUGGCACUCAAAUAUAUCUCCCUGGACUUCCAGCAGGAGGCGCACUGCAGACAGGACUGCCAGAAGAAACGCUCGUUAGUCCGAGCCGCACGCUUCGUCCAGGCCAACAUCGACCCCACCAUCCAGCCCUGCCAGGACUUCUACAGCUUUGCCUGCGGCGGCUGGCUACGACGCCAUGGCAUCCCAGAGGACAAGCUGAGCUACGGCAUCAUCACCGCCAUUGGAGAGCACAACGAGGAGAAGCUACGACGCCUCCUGCUGGAGCCCGUGCGCCGGCGCACCGUGGACUCGGCUGAACGCAAGGUGAAAGAGUUCUACCGCUCCUGUGUGAACAUCCAGGAGAUUGACAAGCUGGGGUCUGGGCCCAUGACGGAGGUGAUUGACAGCUGUGGCGGGUGGGACCUGGUUGGAGCGCCCUCUGGUGGUGCGGGGUGGGAGAGCAGUACUGCACCAGCCAGACCAGACUUUGAUGAGCUGCUCUAUAGGACCCAGGGGGUGUACAGCACGGCUGUCUUCUUCUCUCUCACUGUCAAUGUAGACGAUAAGAACUCUUCACGCAACGCUAUCAGGAUUGAUCAGGAGGGGCUCACACUGCCUGAGAGGACUCUGUACCUGGGGCAGGAUGAGGACAGUGUGAAGAUCCUGGCAGCUUACAAGGCCCUGAUGGAGCGUCUGCUCAGCCAUGACCUGGGAGCUUCAACAUAUUGGCGCCACUGGGCGCAUCAGAAGUCCAAGAGAUUCUACAGUCUGGAUAACAGCUGGCCAUGCGAUGAAGAGAUUGGGGUGUUUGGCACGAGCUACAUGGGUGAGAAAGUCUCCAAAGCAUCGAUCAAGACCACCUCCAAAAUGGUUCUCCAUAACUACAUGCUGUGGCGGAUUGUAGCAGCUCUCAGUGAACACCUGUCCACGGCGUUCCGGAGCACCAUCCAUGAGUUUUCCCGGGAGAUUGAUGGUACGGAGCGUCAGCUGGAGCUGGGGAUGCUGUGUCUCACCCAGGCUAACAAACACUUCGGCAUGGCCCUGGGAGCACUCUUCGUCAAGCAACACUUCUCCUCUCACAGCAGGGCCAAGGUACAGGAGCUGGUAGAGGACAUAAAGCACUCACUGGACCUCCGGCUGCAAGAGCUGGACUGGAUGGAUGAGGUGACCAAGGAGGCAGCCAGGGCCAAGCUGCAGCAUAUGAUGGUGAUGACAGGCUAUCCAGACUUCCUCCUCAAACCAGAGCUCAUAGACCAGGAGUACGGGUUUGAUGUGGAUGAAAAUACCUAUUUCAAAAACAUCCUCAACAGCAUCAAGUUCAACAUCAAGAUGUCUGUCAAGAAGAUCCACAAGCAGGUGGACAAGACUGCGUGGCUCCUUCCCCCUCAGGCCCUCAAUGCCUACUAUCUCCCAAACAAGAAUCAAAUGGUAUUUCCCGCUGGAAUCCUUCAGCCCACGCUGUACGACCCUGAGUUUCCACAAUCUCUGAACUAUGGAGGAAUAGGAGCCAUCAUCGGUCAUGAGCUGACACAUGGAUAUGAUGACUGGGGUGGCCAGUAUGAUCGCCAUGGAAACCUGAAGCAGUGGUGGACGGAGGAGUCAUACAAGAAGUUUCAGAAGAAAGCAGAGUGCAUCGUCAAACUCUACGACAACUUCACCGUCUACAACCAGAGGGUGAAUGGCCGUCUGACUCUGGGGGAGAAUAUAGCAGAUAUGGGAGGCCUUAAACUGUCUUACUUUGCAUAUCAGAAGUGGAUCAGAGAACAUGGUCCAGAAAGACCUCUCCCUGGACUCAAAUACACACAUGAACAACUACUCUUCAUCGCCUUCGCACAGAACUGGUGUAUGAAGAGACGGUCUCAGUCCAUAUACUUGCAGCUACUGACUGACAAGCACGCACCAGAGCAUUACAGGGUGAUUGGCAGCGUGUCCCAGUUUGAUGAGUUUGCCCGAGUGUUCCACUGUCCAAAGGGUUCCCCCAUGCACCCUGUCGACAAAUGUUCUGUAUGGUGACCCCUCAACACUGACCUCUGAACUUCACCACCCACCAACAACUAGAACUUACCUGUGACCUGAACUAAACUCUUCUAACCAACCUAUCAGACAUUAUGUUCAGUUUCACUUUUACUUCCAUCUCAAUCCUGGGACUACCUUUUCCUAUUAUCACAGAAUUUGCAAGCAAAUAAUGUCAUCACCACCAGGCAAAACCAUGAUCACUUCACUGUCUACUCAUGUAGAUAUCAAGUGCUUGACUUGGGCAGGAGCUCCCCAGAGCAGAGUACCGGCACCUCAAAUUUUCUACUGCGUGAGCUCCUGUUUCUCUUAUAAAAUAUUAGCUCAAAGUAUUGUGGAGCUCUUACACCUAAAUAAACAGUGCCGGCACCCAAUGUGAGUAUCUGCACUCAUUUAAGCAUAUCAUUUAAUUAUAUAUUUGUAGAUAUACAUCUAUUUUUUUCAACAGAUGUACUGUAUCAUGGGAUUACCUUUUUGGUUUUGAUUUGUGUGAUGUCAAUUCAUUAUAAUUAUUUGAAUCACUUUUGACAGUAGUCAAGUGUUAUUAAAUCCAAUUUAAUGCAACAGGUUAUCAAGAACUUUGUGUAGAAGGGAUUGGGAAUGGGGAUUGUACUGCCUGAAUGACAAUGGCCAGUAUGGACUGCACUCACUGGGAUCAGUGUGUUGCCUGCCAAUGUUUUUGUGAGUCUUUUCUAUGAGGUAAAUAGUGGACACCGUACUGCCAUGCUGCCCUCAAGUGGCUGAACAAAGAAGUGGUCUCCACUGUGGCGUCCUUGUUCGUCUUGACUGUUGUUUCUUGUCUGGUCUUGGCCUUGUGGACAUCAUUGGAAUGGUGUUACUGUGAGUAUGUGUGUGUUUGUACGGUUUUGAAGGUCCCUUUUUUAAUGAGAGUGGAAUCCAUAGUGACCUUUUGCUCAGGAUUUGUAGCUAAGUGUGUGUCCAGUGGCCAAAGUGCCAAAGAAUAGUGAUGGAACAUCAUGGAUUAGUCCGUCUAAACCCUUAACCCCUCCACUCCUACCUUAGUGUAAAUCAUGUUGAACUAUGCUUCACGAUCCACCGGAUACUCCAAACUCCUCACAACCCCAUGUCUCACUGUCAUACCCUAGAGUAUGGAUUCUUUAGCAAGAAGACUGUGUUUCUAAGAUGGAAGCAUGGUCCUGUUGAACAACUUCAUCUAUCCUAUUGGACAACUUCAACUGAGAGUCAUUUCGAUUUGACAUUAUGGACUCGGAGCCCUUCCUAUUGGAUUAUGUUAACUCCGGGGCCUUCCUAUUGGAUUAUGUUAACUCCGGGGCCUUCCUUGAUACAGCACAUACUCUCUCUGAUGAACUUUGAUGAAUGCCCCUGGCCUGGUCUGCAUAGCCAAGAAGCUUUCAAAGGAAGGAUCAAUAUGACUGAUAUUCCACGGUCAUAACAAAUCAUCUACAUGCUGUACACACAAAACUGUGACUCCAGUCAAGUCAGAGAAAAAAAGAAAAAACAUUUGUACAGUGAUAUAAAAAAUAUAUUAUAAUUUUGUAUAAAGAAUCUAAAAAAUAAGAACAAUCUAUGUAUAAGUUAUAAUUGUACAGUUCUUUUUCUGAAAACAGCAUGUUCAAAACCAGCUUUACAGUUAAGACUGAGAUUAAAGGAUGACAUCACACACAGUUCUCAGCAUUCAGCUGCCAUGUCAUAUAUGUGACUGCUAUCUCAUAUAUGUGGCUGCCAUGUCAUAUAUGUGGCUGCUAUCUCAUAUAUGUGGCUGCUAUCUCAUAUAUGUGACUGCUAUCUCAUAUAUGUGACUGCUAUCUCAUAUAUGUGGCUGCUAUCUCAUAUAUGUGACUGCUAUCUCAUAUAUGUGGCUGCUCGUGCUCGCUCAUAUUUCUUGGUGUUCAAUGUUUUAAAUAAAUAAAUGGGAUCACUGUGA